AGAGCAUGUCACUUUGUGAGAGGGUUUGUCUGUGGUCGCCAUGGUCGAACACUUAGUGCCCUUUCCAGGCGACCAUAUUAUGAGCCUGAAUAUAACCACAUGGAUAUGCUGGCUGGUGUUCACGUGAAGCCUGAGUGCGGUUUGGACCCGAGACAGAAGCGCUAACGAGCAGACGGAAGAGAGGAGUUUGACCGCGGGCUGAGGACGAGACUUCGUCGCAUGCUGGAGGAGCCAGCGUGUCUCAGAGUUUGCCGUCCUGCCCACCAUGGCUACAGACAUGGCUCUACCUCUGUACCCACCCAAAGACAAGUUCCUCCACAGGACAGCUCUCAGCUCCUGUAUAGGUUUUCAGCACGCGCGCCACAUGGAUCCGACCAAGCCAGAUGACAGGGUCCCGUCCUUGAAAGAGAAUGGAAAGGCUAAAAAACAAGUGACGUUUGCUGACCAGAAAGGCCUGUCACUGACCAAAGUCAAGGUCUUCUCCGAGUUUAAUGACCCCAUUCUUAUCCCUUUGAACAUUGAGAUGGCGCUCUCCACUCCGUCUCAGGAGGACAAAAUGAUGCUGGACUUCGCCCCGCCGUCCUCAGACUAUGUGCACUUCCGUCAGAUGCUGGACAGGAACUUUGUGUGCCUGGAGCGCUGCAUGCUGAGCGACAAGGCGGUGGUGGGCACCGUCAAAGUCAAAAAUUUGUCCUUCGAGAAACACGUGAGGCUGCGGGUGACCUUUGACAGCUGGAAGACGUACGUGGACGUAGACUGCGCGUACAUGGAGGAGACGUAUCCCAGCUCGUACAGCGACACCUUCUCCUUUGAGCUGUCUCUGCCUCAGAAGCUGCAGCCGCAGCAGUGCGUCCAGUUCGCCGUCUGUUACGAGGUGGACGGAUCCGAGUACUGGGACAGUAACCAUGGCAACAAUUACAGGGUCAUCUGGUCGUCGAUGAAGAGGAGCUGUCCAAACGGACGCGGCCACUACACGGACUCCUGUGACUAUGGGAUACAUUUUGACCCGUACGGAAGCCCCACCUGUUCCCACGGGAUCUUCCCCGAUUGGCCGAGUUACUCCAGAUACGAAAACAUCGGCCCGUACUACUGAACCUCCGUGUGGCUUUGUGCUUGUUUUUAACGCCAGCGUUUAAAUGCCAUGACUGUUCAAUCGGUGACGACAGUCUGACCUCAACAUAGUGUGGUUUAGUUUUACUACAACAGUGUUGCUAUGGUUACAUCUGGCAUCCACUCACAAAUUUUCUUCCACUUCUUCGUCCACACAGGGGUCCAGGGCGGGGUUUGAGCCAACCCUAGCAGACGCAGGGAGAAGAACAGCGUGUUGUUUCCAAUUACUAGCCAACGCGCACUUGUACAUCUUUCCAGCCUCUGGGAAGUCAACGCCCACAUUUUAUCAAUGUAGAUGUGGUCAUCGAUCGACGACUCAUCACAGCAGCUCAAUGUCACACAACAUAAACUUCACUCCGACAUCAGAGACUCAGCGGAUCACCUGAUUUUUAAAAGAGCUUCUGUUUUAUUUCCCUUUAAUCAAUAAGCGAUUGAUCCACUGCACACGUCAGGGGGGCUUUGUUUGUUCUCACACUAAUUCACCUGUUGGCACUCUCGUUGGCACCAGAUGGAAAUAAAGUCAAAUCUAUCUUGUGAAGACUGAAAGUUGACUACGGGUUAUUUAUUAAACUGUAUUUGUUGAAUGUAUGAUCAGUGAAAUUAAUUAAAAUCUUAUUCUUUUUU